UCACGUGAGGGAGGCGGUGGCAGCAGCGGCAGCCGGGCGCGCUCUGGGGCUGCGAGUGAGGGAGCGAGCCGGCCAUGCCGACCAACUUCACCGUGGUGCCGGUGGAGGCGCAGGGCGAGGAGCAGGGCCCGCUGCGGCAGCAGGAGCCGGGGGAAGACGAGGAAAAGGAGCGCGGCGCCGGGGAUGGGAUUGCCAGGGAAAGUAGCCCUUUUAUCAACAAUGCAGAGAUUGACAAAGGAAAUUUGUACGAAGGAAAGAAUAUGGCUCUCUUUGAGGAAGAAAUGGAUAGCAAUCCUAUGGUAUCAUCUCUUCUUAAUAAACUAGCAAACUACACUAAUCUGACUCAAGGUGUGGUGGAACAUGAAGCAGAUGAAGACAGCAAGCGAAAGGAAGUCAAGGUUCCACGUAUGGGAACUUUCAUUGGUGUGUACCUGCCCUGCCUGCAAAACAUCUUAGGAGUCAUCCUUUUCUUGCGUUUGACGUGGAUUGUGGGGACAGCUGGAGUUCUUGAGUCUUUCAUCAUUGUGUUCAUGUGUUGUGCUUGUACUAUGCUGACUGCUAUUUCAAUGAGUGCAAUAGCAACGAACGGUGUAGUUCCAGCUGGAGGCUCUUACUACAUGAUUUCAAGAUCUUUAGGACCAGAGUUUGGUGGAGCAGUGGGACUUUGUUUCUACUUGGGUACAACCUUUGCAGGAGCGAUGUACAUUCUUGGUACCAUUGAAAUUCUAUUGACCUACAUUUCACCUAGUGCUGCUAUAUUUAAAGUAGAAGAGGCUGGUGAAGAAACAGGGGCUAUGCUGAACAACAUGAGAGUUUAUGGAACAUGUAUUAUCAUUCUGAUGGCCAUUGUAGUCUUUGUGGGAGUCAAGUAUGUCAACAAACUUGCCCUGGUCUUCCUUGCCUGCGUGAUUCUUUCCAUCAUUGCCAUAUAUGCAGGAGUUAUUAAAACUGCUUUUGACCCACCAGACUUCCCUAUCUGUCUUGUUGGGAACCGUACACUGUCAAAACGCGGCUUUGAUAUCUGUGCCAAAUAUACUGAAAGCAAUAAUGAAACAAAAACUACAAGGCUGUGGCGUCUCUUCUGUGAUAGCUCAUUGCUCAAUGCCACGUGUGAUGACUACUUUGCUCUCAAUAAUGUAACCGAAAUUCAAGGGAUUCCAGGAAUAACAAGUGGAGUUCUUAUAGAUAACCUGUGGAGUGCCUAUUCGGAAAAAGGAUCAAUAGUUGAGAAAAAAGGUCAACCAUCAGUUGCUGGAUCAGAAGACACAAAAGCUGGUGGACUCCCUUAUGUUUUUACAGACAUCAUGACCUACUUCACAAUGCUUGUGGGGAUUUAUUUCCCAUCUGUGACAGGUAUUAUGGCAGGUUCAAACAGAUCUGGAGAUCUUAAGGAUGCUCAGAAAUCUAUUCCUACUGGAACUAUUUUGGCUAUAGCAACUACAUCUUUUAUUUAUCUCUCCUGCAUAGUACUGUUUGGUGCCUGUAUAGAAGGUGUGAUAUUAAGAGACAAAUUUGGAGAAGCAGUUAAUGGAAAUCUAGUGGUUGGUACACUGGCCUGGCCUUCUCCCUGGGUUAUUGUAAUUGGCUCAUUCUUCUCUACAUGCGGUGCUGGUCUUCAGAGUCUCACAGGUGCACCCCGGCUGUUGCAGGCCAUUGCAAGAGAUGGCAUUGUACCAUUUAUUCAAGUAUUUGGUCAUGGAAAAGCAAAUGGAGAACCAACUUGGGCUCUACUCCUCACUGCUGGUAUCUGUGAGAUAGGAAUUCUCAUAGCCUCUUUGGACAGUGUGGCACCAAUUCUUUCAAUGUUUUUCCUUAUGUGCUAUAUGUUUGUAAAUCUGGCUUGUGCAGUGCAGACUCUGUUACGGACUCCCAACUGGAGACCUCGUUUCAAGUAUUACCAUUGGACUCUCUCAUUCCUGGGGAUGAGUUUAUGUCUUGCCUUGAUGUUCAUUUGCUCUUGGUACUAUGCUUUGAUUGCCAUGCUAAUCGCAGGAUGUAUUUACAAAUACAUAGAAUAUAGAGGAGCGGAAAAAGAAUGGGGUGAUGGGAUCCGAGGCCUGUCUUUGAAUGCAGCUCGCUAUGCUUUACUUCGUGUUGAAGACGGUCCUCCUCACACCAAGAACUGGCGACCUCAAGUCUUGGUCUUGUUAAAUCUGGAUUCUAAACAGUUGGUGAAGCAUCCUAGAUUGCUUUCUUUCACCUCUCAGUUGAAGGCUGGUAAAGGGUUGACUAUUGUGGGAUCUGUACUUCAGGGAAUUUACUUGGAUAAAUGUGCAGAAACACAGAAAGCUGAAGAGAAUGUUAAAGCAUUAAUGGGAAUAGAAAAGACUAAAGGAUUUUGCCAGAUUGUGGUAUCUCCAAGUUGCAGAGAUGGAAUAUCCCAUUUGAUUCAGUCAGCUGGUCUAGGAGGAAUGAAGCACAAUACAGUCCUGAUGGCAUGGCCACAGUCAUGGAAGCAGACAGAAAACCAUUUCUCAUGGAAGAAUUUUGUUGACACUGUACGGGAAACAACAGCAGCUCAGCAAGCUCUGUUGGUUGCUAAAAACAUUGACUUAUUUCCAACAAAUCAAGAACGUUUUACUGAUGGAAACAUAGAUGUAUGGUGGAUUGUUCACGAUGGUGGCAUGCUGAUGUUGUUGCCUUUUCUUCUUCGACAGCACAAGGUUUGGAAAAAAUGUAAAAUGCGUAUUUUCACUGUAGCUCAAAUGGAUGAUAAUAGCAUUCAAAUGAAGAAGGAUCUGCAGAUGUUCUUGUAUCACCUUCGACUGAAUGCUGAAGUGGAAGUUGUUGAAAUGUUUGAAAAUGACAUUUCUGCAUUCACAUAUGAGAAGACGCUUGUGAUGGAGCAGCGAUCUCAGAUGUUAAAACAGAUGCAGCUAUCUAAGAACGAAAGGGAAAGAGAGAUUCAGAGCAUCACUGAUGAGUCUCGAGGCUCAAUCAGAAGAAAAAGCUACUCUAGUCCACAGUCCAUUGGCCAGGAUGUACAGGCACUGCUGCCUAAUGAUUAUGCAGAGGAGGAGGCUCAGUUAAUCCAUGACAGAAACACUGCGUCUCACUCAGCUCCAGCUGUCAAAGCAAGUGUGGCUGCUGCUGUGCCAGAAAAAGUGCAAAUGACUUGGACUAAAGAAAAAUUUGUAGCUGAAAAGCAUAAAAGCAAAGAAACAAAUCUGUCUGGUUUUAAAGAUAUUUUCAACAUGAAGCCAGAAUGGGGAAAUCUGAAUCAGUCAAAUGUGAGAAGAAUGCACACCGCUGUGAAGCUCAAUGGAGUAGUGCUUAAUAAAUCACAGCAUGCACAGCUAGUUCUCUUGAAUAUGCCUGGACCUCCUAAAAACAGAAAAGGGGAUGAAAACUACAUGGAGUUCUUGGAAGUUUUGACAGAAGGUCUGGACCGAGUUCUCCUAGUCCGAGGCAGUGGACGUGAAGUGAUCACCAUUUACUCUUAACCUUUCUGUUUUCUCGGGGGUUUUGUUUUGUUUUUUGUUCUGUUUUUUAACUGAAUGUGCAAAGUUAUUUGCCAUAAUCUGAGUAACUUCACAAAGAGUUCUACUGCGUUGAAAAUGAUCUGCAACCUGAAUCUUCUGGUGUGUGUUUUUUUCUAUUGAAAGUUAUAUUUAAAUUAUAUUUUUAGACUAUGUAGAAAAUAUUUCUGUAAUUAUUCAAUAAAUGCAAGAGGGGUCAGGAUAUUUAUAUAUAGCACACUUUAACAUUUGUUAAACUGGUGAAACACAAGAAGUGGUAAUGCUAUGACAUUUUUAAACAUAGAGAUCCAAGCAAUUUGUAUUACAUGUUUCUUUAUCUUUGUUCCCCUUCUGAAUUAAAACGGGAAAAUUGUAGGAGAAAUUUGUUUUCAUCCUUACCAAAACUGCUGCUAUGUUAUGUUGUUUCUGUUGAUUUGCCCUGGUUCAAUAAACUUCAUUCAGAAAUAUA